CCGGCGCGCGGCAGAGGCGGCCGCGGAGGCCGGGCUCCCUCUGGGCGGCGGGAGGUGAAUGGCAAGCGGCGGCUUCUCCCUCCUACACCCCAGUGACGGUCUCGCCUCCUCCAGCAGCGGCGGCAGCAGCGGGUCACCUCCGCGCGGCCGUGCCGCCCGCCUGCCGCAGGGCUCGGAGCCACACGGGCUGCGGUGACAUUGGGAGGAGACUCGGCCGAGGGCGGCGUCGGAGGCAGGAACGCCGGUGUUCGCAGCGAGCGGGAGCCGCGACUCGCCUUGGCGGCGGGGCGGGCGAGCCCGGCUCCGGGUGUCGAGGCGCGCAGCCCUUCGUUUCCUCUCGCUGCAGCCGCGCUGAAGGCUGCGGACUAUAAAUAGCAGCUCGCCGAGCGGCACACGCACGCACCGGGGAGCAGUGCCACGCAGGUCGCGCCGCCGCCGGGCAGAGUUCUGAAGCCUUCAAAGUGGUAAUCCUGGAGUGGUGCCGGGUUCUGGAGUCCAGGAGUAAAGCAGAUGUUUCAAUAAUUCUCGCUGAAUUUCAGAGUGGAGAACCAGAUCUUUAUCGUGAAGCUGCAUCAAAAGCAGUUUGUGAAUCUUGGGCUGUGGCACUGGGAGAGGCGGCAAACGCAAAGCUUGAGGAAUAAAAUUCAUCAGCUCUGGAGGUUGAUCAUGGAGAUCAAAGAGGAGAGAACGUCAGAUGAAGCACAGCAAUUUCUCCCUUCAUCACAAAUAGACAGUCUAGGAGAGCCACGGCUUACGAGUAUUCAGAGAAUUGCAAAUGAGCCAAAGCUGGAGUUCAGUCUUGCAUGCAAGGAUCUCGUGGCUGCUACCCGUGAUCGGAAGCUGAAUACGUUUAUACAAGUCUCAGUGGUACAUCCAGCAGAGCACAUUUUGACGAGGUAUUCAAGCACUGAAAUCGUGGAGGGAACAAGAGAUCCACUGUUUCUGACUGGUGUGACAUUCCCACCGGAAUACCCCAUCUAUGAAGAGACCAAAAUAAAACUCACAGUCUAUGAUGUCAAAGAUAAACCUCAAGACACGGUCCACACCGCUGUCCUACCUGAUCACAAGGAGCCAAGAACAGAUGUUGGACGAAGCUUCCUGGGCUGUACGACUUUUACAGUAGGAGACUUGGUGAAGUCAAAGGAACAACAGUUGACCCUUACCCUCAGAACUUCCGAUGGUGGAAAGACAGUUGGUACCAUUGAAGUCAAUCUUGUGAAGAUGGGAGAACUAGAAGAUGGGGAACCAGGCCAUAUCACAACAGAUUCACAGGAUCAAAAGUGUGCAUUGGUUCGUGAGUGUACAGCACCUGAAGGCAUAAGUGGCAAAGACAACUUGCCUUCGUUAAAUGCAGUGUUAAAAAACCCUAUCUGUAAGUUGUACAGAUUUCCUACUUCUGACAACAAGUGGAUGCGGAUCCGGGAGCAGAUGGCUGAGACCAUCCUGUCCUUCCAUGUUCCUAAAGAACUGAUCAAUCUACACAUAAAGGAGGAUAUGACAAGGAAUCAGGAGCUUAAAGACUUGGGAGAGCUUGCACCUCACUGGGACAAUAUGCGCAAAAGUGUUAUUGCUCACUGUGAUCAGAUGUUGAGCAUGUAUCAGGAUACCCUCGCAGAGCUUGGAAAACAUACAGGUUCUUCCUUCAAGUCAAGCUGUAGCAAAGGAGAAAAAACAUUAGAAUUCAUCCCAAUAAAUCUCCAUCUGCAGAGGAUGCAUGUGCAUAGUCCUCGAUUGAAAGAUGCUCUGUAUGAUGUAAUCACUGUGGGAGCCCCAGCAGCACAUUUCCAGGGAUUUAAGAACGGUGGUCUCCGAAAACUGCUAAGUAAAUUUGAGGCAGAGAGGCGAAAUACUGGAUACCAGUGUAUUUACUAUUCACCUGAAAACACAGCUAAGGCAAAAGAAGUUCUCAGCAACAUCAAUCAUCUACAGCCUCUCAUAUCAAGCCAUGCAGACCUUCUGCUUAAUUCUGCAAGCCAGCAUUCUCCGGACAGCUUGAAGAACUCUUUAAAGAUGCUUUCAGAAAAAACGGAGUUGUUUGUGCAUGCAUUUAAGGAUCAGCUGGUCAGAAGUGCCCUUUUAGCACUAUAUACAGCCCGACCUGGCUGUGUCCUCAAGAAACCAGCUGUGCCUAGAAACUGUGCAGAAGAGGGGGAUGACCUAAAGCAUCAGGAUCAUCCAUCUCAGGUUAAAAGACAGGACUCUAUACCCCAUCAUUCUGAGUAUGAUGAGGAAGAGUGGGACAGGGUGUGGGCCAAUGUGGGGAAGAGUUUAAACUGUGUUAUUGCCAUGGUGGACAAACUUCUUGAAAAAGACAACAGCGGCAAGGUUAAAGAUGGUGAAAUUGACCCCUCAGCAGCAGAUUGCAAGCAUGCAGGCAGUGACUGGUAUGAGCAGCUUUAUCCCCUGGUGAUUACACUGAAGGAUUGCAUGGGAGAGGUGGUCACUAGGGCAAAGCAGUCCAUGGCGUUUGUUCUGCUCCAGGAGCUUGCCUGUGGUUUGCCACAAUGUUUGAUGCUGACCCUAAGGAGAGACAUUGUCUUUAGUCAAGCACUUGCUGGAUUGGUCUGUGGGUUUAUAAUCAAGCUGCACACAGGUUUACAUGAUCAAGGAUUUUUACAACAGCUUCAUACUGUUGGAUUACUUGUGCAAUAUGAAGGACUCCUAAGCACAUAUAGUGAAGAAGCAGGGAUGCUCGAAGACAUGGCUGUGGGAAUUUCAGAUUUGCAGAAAGUAAUGUUUAAAGUCAUUGAAGCCAAAUCAGAAGACUUUUUGCCUAUUAUAACUGGAAGGCGUGAGCAUUAUGUCAUAGAGGUCCAGCUUCCGGCAAAGAUGUUUGAGUUGCUGCCACAAGAGAUAAAAGAAGGAAAGCUACUUCGCAUGUAUCCAGUGCUCUUUAAUGUUGGAAUCAAUGAGCAGCAAACACUUGCAGAGAGGUUUGGAGAUACCACUUUACAAGAAAACAUUAACCAAGAAAACUUAGAACUUCUAAAAGAAUAUUACAACCUGUUUACGGAAAAAAUGCCUCCUGAUUGUCUACCACAUUUUCAAGAGCAAAAUGAUUUAAAAGGAUUGCUAGAAAAUCUUCAUCAAAAUAUCCAGGCCAAAAAGAGGAAGAACGUAGAAAUCAUGUGGCUGGCUGCAACGAUUUGCCGUAAGCUGAAUGGAAUCCGCUUCACCUGUUGCAAAAGUGCCAAAGACCGGACAUCCAUGUCAGUGACAUUGGAGCAGUGCUCCAUCUUGAGGGAUGAGCAUCAGCUUCACAAAGACUUCUUUAUUCGAGCACUGGAUUGUAUGAGAAGAGAAGGAUGCCGCAUAGAGAAUGUACUGAAGAAUGUCAAAUGCAGAAAGUAUGCAUUCAACAUGAUACAGCUGAUGGCUUUCCCAAAGUACUACAGACCUCCAGAAGGGACAUAUGGAAAAACUGACACCUAAGUUAAACAAAAAUGUAAUCAGGAACAUAUACCAUGCUAAUUAGUGAAUAUAAAAAUUGCUGUUUAUGACUUAAUAAUUUGGAAUGUGUAACCAGUUGAGGUGUUAUUUUGUGAGGUUUAACAUUUUAAAAGUGACAACAGUUAGUCAUCAUGAAAUAAAAUAUUGGUGAUUUGGAUAUGCUCAAAACCAAAUACAUUCAACUUAUCUUGGUGAACUUGAAGCUUAGCAUGACUCAUCAACCACUUGGAAUUAGGUCUUGGGAAGGCUUGAUAGAAGAUUAAAAAGGGAAAUGUCAUUUGCAAUAGGAACUGAUGUUAUCAGUCUGGAGGGGAGCAUUCAGACUCUGAACAGCAGCCUGGAGAUUUGAAUUAAAGGAUCCCUUCCUUCCUGAAAUGGUGUUUUCUGGUACGGGCAAAGCACUGAGGUCAUGAUCAGUAAUAAUUAAAUCCUGCGUGGAAUUUUUGAUGAAAGGUGCAACUCUUAAUACUUAGGCUAAAUAGAGUUUUGGUCAAUAUGUUUGUCUUUUUUAUAUAAUCAUGGUAACUUCACAAUAUAUUUUUAGUAAUUACCGCCUGUAAUUUCAGUAAUUGCGUUCUGGUUUGCUGCAGUUCCUUUGGAUGUAUCUUUCUUGGCUUUCUGUAUCUAAGCCAAAUACCACUUACUUCACUUAAUCUUGCACAUGAAUCACACUGAAAUCAGGGGGAUUAAUUCUUCAAGUAAAGUAACAUAUCUAAUCUGUCAUGUUCCUGUUCACAGCAAACCCUUAAAACUAAAUUUUCCUUAGCGAUAGGUAAAAUGGCUUGUAUAUGCAGGCAUUAAUGUAUUGUUAGGCUAUGAAAAUGUGCCAGCUGGUUUAUAUGAAAUUUGUAAUGCUUAUUUCUAGGAUAUUUCCAGCAGUUCUAGGACAAAGAGCAGCGAUGAGCUUUUUUGAAGUGAAUGGUAGUGCUUCUACCAGCUUGUGUUAGUCUUGAAAUGUGUCCUGCAAAGAACAUUUGUGUUUUCUGAUUUUCUCUAUUCAUUGCAUCCUUCUGCCCUCCCCCAGAGAGAAACGCAGUUAACAAAAAACAAGUGCCCACUGUUUGCUAACCUUUGUGAGAUGCAUUUAUUAGAGUUCUCCCCAAAUUAAACUGCAUAGGGAAUUUGAGUAUCUAUAGGAAAUUGUAGUUGCUAUGGAUAAAGAGUUAAAUGUUUGCUUGCUUCUACAGAAGUCCAAGAAUGAUGCAUAGUGAAUUACAAUUUGUUUUCUUUUCAUCUAUUAAGACCUGUUACUGGGUAUAAUUCUGUAACUGUACUAGUAAAAAUUUCAUGCUUAAGCAGCUGAUUGCGCGAGCUCUAUUUGGUAGGUUACGUAGAAAUUAUCUGUUGUGAAUAGAAUUAAACCCCUCUUGUACAUUAGCAAGGUGAGGCUUUGGAACAUGUAGAAGUAUGUCAGGAAGGGAUCUUCUUUCCAAUGCACUGACUUCAGUGAAGCCAAGAAUUUACCUACACAACAUUUUCCUAAUUGGAACAUUUUUUUCAGAGUGAAGUAGUUUGUUCAGAAAGGACUUUUGUGCAGUUUUUAUUCAUAUAAAGUC